AUGGCGGACGCCGAGCUUCGGCAGCGCAAGGCCGAACCAGCAGCCCCGGACGACACGCGCCGGCACCCCAAAUCGUCCGAGUCGGAGCCGCAACCGAAACGGAGACGACGCCGCUACGACCAUGACGACGAGCGCACUCCCUGGGUGGACGUUCUGCGCGUGCUCUCCUUCCUCCUGGUCGCAUCCUGCGGCCUAAGCUACAUGAUCAGCGGGGGGGAAAGCUUCUUCUGGGGCAUGAAGAACAAGCCGCCGUACUUGCGCGUCGCGUGGUGGAAGUCCCAGCUUGCCGGACCAAUCUACCUCACGGAAAGGGAACUGCUCGCGUACGACGGCAGCGACGCCGCGAAACCGCUGUACCUAGCCAUCAACGGCACCAUCUACGACGUGUCCAGCAAUCGCAGGAUGUACGGCCCCGGCGGCUCGUACAGCGUCUUUGCGGGCCGCGACGCCGCGCGCGGCUUCGUCACGGGGUGUUUCGCCGAGGACCGCACGGCCGACCUGAGGGGCCUGGAGGACAUGUUCCUGCCGAUUGACGACCCGGACGUGGACAAGUACUUCACCACGGCGGAGAUGGACAAGAUGCGCGAGGAGGAGAUGGCCGCGGCCAGGGAGAAGGUGCACGGGGCGCUGCAGCACUGGGUCGACUUCUUCGCCAAGAGCAAAAAGUAUCACCGGGUGGGCUAUGUGAAGAGGGAGCCAGGGUGGUUGGAGAAGCUGCCGAGGAGGCAGCUGUGUGCGCAGGCGCAGAGUCGGAGGAAGAAGCGGGUGCCGAGGCGUACUUGA